AUGCGUACUCAAUCUUUUCUGACGGCUAUUGCAUCAGUCGUUUAUUCUGCGGCUGCUGCACCUACUGAAGAUCACCCAGGCUCUCUUUUUUCUGGCCCUUUCAAUAUCACUGAUGCAGCGGAGACUGGGAACUCACUGCUCACUCUCACUAAGCGAGAUGAUUGCGGCACCUUAGGUGCCCUCUUCAGCAAGAACAGCAUCAACAACCUCAUGUGGGACCUCCAGAACAACAACCCGGAUGAGAUGACCUACGUCCCCCAUAACAACUUCGUGACUUGGUCAAACGGCGACGCCCGAGUUUGCGUAAAGAAUACGUAUUUCACGGAAAAUACGCACGUCAAACGCUGGGAGGUUGGUUGGGCCGUUGGGUAUAUCCGCGACAUGUGCUGUAAUGCUUCAGGCAACUCGCAAUGUGAGGGAGGCCAGUCCUUGGCUCAUGGUGACAGUGGUCUGCCGCUUGUUGUGUAUCUGCGCUCUUCAUCUCGUAGCUGCGGUGCGAUUAAUAACUAG